GUACAUUAUUCUGGAGAGAGGCAAGUAGCAAGACGAUCGCGUUCAUGGCUACGUCAGUCAGUGGCACUGAGACCAUCGUUCAACGGAGGGUGGCUACUCCAAAGGGAGGGAGCCAACAGGAGUCACCCGAGAAGACGAGAGACGACAGCUCCUCCACCACCGGCUGCCUCCCCAGGCGGUUUCGUAGAGGGAGUGACCGCCCCAAGUCCAGGAGACCGCCCUCUAACAAAUGGCUCCAGCAGCAGAUCCCAGCCUGUAGACCAGUAUUCACCGCCAAGUAUGUGUUUGGCCUGUUCAUCAUAGUGGGCAUCUUGUUCCUCAUCCUGGGAAUCGUCUUUGUUGCUGCCACUGUCGGGUUGAGGGAGCUGGAGGUGGAGUACACCAACUGUGGACCUCUGGAGACCGACAAUAUCCAGGCCUCCAGCUGCGAAGAUUACCUCCGAAACAUUUCCGACAUUUCCAACUCCGAUCGCAAGAAUACAGGUGACUGCCACUGUACCCUGGUGUUUGAAGUCAAGGACACCAUGAGAUAUCCCUGGAAGUUCUACUAUGCUCUGGACAACUACUACCAGAACCAUCGUCGCUAUCUCAACUCCUGGGACCCCGCCCAGCUCCGAGGGGACAACUUCCGCAGUCCUGACAGCAACUGCCGUCCUCUUGUCAGGUAUAGAGACAAUGACAAUGACAUGAAUAACGCAUCUCGACUGCCAAUUGUUCCCUGCGGUAUCAUUGCCAACAGCUGGUUUAAUGAUUCGUUUCCACUACCUACACAAUGAGGACUGAACGAGACGAUAGAUCUCAGCAGGAACAACAUAGCCUGGAAGACUGACAGAGAGGUGAGGUUCAGAAUGACAGCAACCUGGCUGCAGAUCUGGAAGGGACCAACCGUCCUCCCAACUGGCCGUAUAAUGUGUCUGAGAUUGGGGAUGGUCUUGGGAACGAAUCACUGAUAGUGUGGUUUCGAGCGUCUGCAUUCCCCUGGUUCCGGAAGCUGUAUGCUCAUCCUCGAGGUGACACGGAUCUUCGUCCUGGAAACUACUCCCUACUCAUCACAUACAAUUACCCGGUGGACAACUUCAGAGGACGUAAGUCCAUCUUCAUCUCAGAGCUGUCCUGGCUAGGUGGUCGAAACCUGUUCCUCGGCAUUGCGUACAUCAUCACGGCCGUGGUGUGUAUUGUGACGGGCAUAGUCCUACUAGUCAUCCACCUUUUCUUCUCCAAGUGGUGAGUGUAAUCAUGCAGUGUGUGUGCAUAGCCUUUUACAGUGGAACCUCUGAUAACGAACCCUCCUAAUAGAGGGCAUCCCCCCUGUAAUUAACGGACAAGAGUCGAUGCAUUAUGCAAACUGUUGUUUCUAUGGACACAAUUCUCCCGAAUAGCGUACACCCCCGAUUUCCUUACAAUGGACACCCUGUGUAUACCUUUCUAAUAAAAGUGCACCUCUAUUAAUCGACAAAAUGGGCAUGGUUGUUACGGUGGCAGAGCAUGAAAUCGAGCCUCUGGACACUUUACAAAACUUCUUUGCUCAUUUUCGCUCUUCUAGUUAUAGUUUCCGAUGAUGGGUGGAUGUAUACACGUCUAUAGGGACGUGUGAGGGAUGCAAAUACAGUUUCUCUGCGCAAACUGGUGCGAGGACAAGUGCGCAUUGUCUCGCAUGGCCGACUCUCUUUCUCGCUGGCCACGAGAGUGUGCACGGAUGUGAAUUGUUGG